CUUUAGUAGACACCUCUAUAAUUUACAAACACUAAUUUAAUUAUUAUUCAACUAAGUAGUUCAAGAAAAUGAUAUUUUAUUGUUAUUAUUUGCCCCAUUGGCUAUACAUAAUUGUUUGACAUGAAUGGAUGUGUACACUCGAAUACUGCAGCUCUCUAGAUUAGUGAACAUUUUGCCUCGCAUAACUAUUGGUACCAGAACUGCUGUGAACUUAUCCUUUAAAAUCGUAAGCGGUCCCGACAACGAGCCACCUCACCCACCUGACGAAAGACCUCCGCUUAUAAUCUGCCACGGUUUACUAGGAACGAAAGAAAAUUGGAAAUAUUUAGGGAAAACUAUUCACGCGGUAACGAAAAGGGUAGUUGUGCGGAUAGACUUGAGGAACCACGGGCUCAGCCCGCAGACCAAGUCGCAUAAGUACGAGGAACUGGCUGAAGACGUUCUGCAACUUAUGGACAAGCUGGAGUUGGACAACGCCAGUCUUAUAGGACACAACAUGGGUGCCAGGACAGUAAUGGCAGUCGCUUUGAUGAAGCCGUCGGCAGUAGCCAGUAUGAUUGUGUUAGACAUGUCACCCGCAACAACAAGCACGGAAUUUACCACACUCUUCCCAAAAAUCAUGAAAGGGAUGACCGAAGUUCAAUGGAAAGAAAAGCGCAAAAUCAACAAAGCUAGAAAGGAGAUAAAAGAACAGUUGAAAAAUAUCGUUACCAAUGAAACCAUUAUGGCGAAUGUGUUAUCCAAUAUCAACGUUAAACAAGAUGGCACUAUCGGGUGGACAUGCAAUCUAGAAACGCUCAUGAGACAUUUUAAAUAUAUUUCGUCGUUUCCAUUCACUUUAGAUAAAGGCAAGAAGUACCCCGGACCAGCUUUGUUCAUAGGCGGACAGCUGUCGGAGUAUAUUCCUGCCGACGACCUGCCAAUGAUCAGAGAGCUCUUCCCCCGAGCCGUGGUGAAGUACGUCCCCGGCGCCGGCCACUUCGUCCACAAAGAUGAACCCAAGGCCGUACUGGAGCUCGUCAUCGGCUUCCUUAAUGAUCACCGUUUGACCGGAUAUGGCAUGAAGGUGUUACAAUUACUGCGGCACUAUUUCCUCAUUUUACACACUCCGAUUAGGAUCCAAACCCGGUCAGCUGUUGAUUUGGCUUACAAUGUGUACGGAAAGAGUGAGAGUGGCGGCACACCCGUGGUUGUUCUGCAUGGAUUAUUGGGCUCCAAGAGGAACUGGGCUAGCAUGAGCCAAAAGAUCUCAUCUUCGUGCCACCGGAUGGUCGUAACUGCCGAUAUUCGCAACCACGGAGAAAGUCCUCACGACAGUUCACAUACCUACCAUGAGCUAGCCGCCGAUGUGGCCAAGCUAAUUGACACCUUGAGGCUGAAGGAAGCUACCGUGAUAGGUCAUAGUAUGGGUGGUAGAACCAGCAUGGCUUUAGCGCUUACACAGCCAAUGAAAGUCCACAGUCUGGUCGUAGUCGACAUCUCACCAGUCUCCACGGCUGGCGUCCUGAAUGAAUUCUUUCCAGUACUAAUAGACAACAUGAAAGCCAUCGAUUUCCAAGGAAAAGCAUCUCUAACUGAGGCCAGAGCUUUUGCUAAAGAGAAAUUACUGGCCACUGGCUUGUUCGGGGGAGGCAGUAUCCAUUUCAUUCUAAUGAAUAUCGGUCAACGAGGCGACAAGAUUGGUUGGAUGUGCAACUUGGACGCUCUGAAAAAGCAUUUUAUGGAUAUCGCGACUUUUCCGAAAGAUUUACAGCGCAUGCAGUAUAAAGGUCCCGUUCUAUUUAUAGGUGGUACAGAAUCGAACUACUUGCCGUCACGUGAUUUAAAAGGAAUCCAUCAAAUUUUUCCGAAUGCGGAGCUCAAGUAUGUAGAUGGUGUCGGUCAUAACGUACAUGCCGAGGAUCCAGCAGGCUUCUUUAAUUACGUCAAUGAGUUCCUUACAAAACAUGAGUAAAACCGUUACCUAAUCUAUA